GUUAGGCCUUGGAGUUGCUAGUCUGCUUGUAAUGGUAGUCUCUGUUUCUCAGAGGUAUGCAACUCUGUAUAUUUCGUUGCAAAGGGAAAAGGAACAAAACAGUGAAAAACACUUUCUGUGCUUUUUUUGAAACGUAAACGAAACUCAAAGACAAAGAGAGAUUACAUUGCCUUUGUGUGCAUGUAAUGCGUUUUGGGACUCCAUUUAAUGCUCCGAAUAGUACUGAGAUUUUGUGUAAUAAAGAGCUUUCAAUGGCUGAAUAUGAAUGUGAAUACGAGUUUCUUUAUUUCAAAAGCUUUCAAGCCGGGUCCUCGUAUCUUUAGAGGGCCUUGUUUGGAAUAAAGGGUCCGAUUAUGGGGGUUUUGAUGGUUUUACUUCAUGGAUUUUUCUGGGUUUUGGAUUUCCGAAGUGGGUUUUGGAUUUUCAAAAUGGGUUUUUGAUACUUUCUGGAUUUGCUUAGUAUUUGGGUGCAGGGAAGGUGGUUUUGUAGAGUCAAUUUAGGUUUGUUUGUUUUUUUUUUGGGACUGAGAUUGGGCUUAGGGCUGGGUUGGAGAUGGACGAGACUGAUCUUGAAGAAGGGGAGGCUUAUCCUCCUUACCCGGAUGAUGAUCGAAACAUCGAUCCUGAUGAAGCUUUCUCUUACAUUGAUGAGAGGAUUCAAGAUGUUUUGGGACAUUAUCUGAAGGAUUUUGAGGGUGGGUUUUCUGCAGAGAGCUUGGGUGCAAGAUUUGGUGGGUAUGGUUCCUUUUUACCUGCUCAUCGGCGCUCUCCCUCUAUUUUGUCCAAUCUAAAAACUCCCCAGGAAGUUGGGAGCCACAGCAUCCCAAGACCUCUGCAUAAUCGUCCCUCUGAGGGUGCUCAUCAGAACUCUACGAUUCUAAUGAGUGAAGCUCUGCAUGUAAGACAUGAACCUGAUUCAGACGGUGCUCUACCACCACUUGUAUCAAGGUCUUCCAUGGAUAGUUCGGACAUGCCAUUUGAUCCAUCCAAUCACAAAAUGUUGAAGGUUCGGAUCAAAAUGGGUUCUGAAAGUAUAUUGGCUCUAAAAAAUGCACAAAUAUACAGUGGUCUUGGUCUUGAUAUGUCUUCAUCUUCAUCGUUAGAAGAAAGCACAGCCUUAUGCAAAGGGAAUUUAGCUGAAUCUCAAGAAACACUGGGUGAAUCUCCUUCCUGGAUUAUUAAGAUGAUGACCUCUUUUCCCUUUCCUGAUGGUGUACUGUUAUCACCUCUUGAAGAUAGUUUGGUUCACUUGGUGGAAGAGGAAAACUAUCCAAAACAUACUAGAUCCGGGACUGUUCAAGAAAUUUCUGCCAUAAUAGCGAAUGAGUUUGCUCCUGAAAAAGGGAACAUAGAAGUGUUUCAGAAGAAGAAACUGAAGCUACAGGACAAAACUCGAAGUUCAGUGGAAAUGAUAAAUGAGAGUUGUGAGGAUCCUGUGAAUGUCAUUGAUACCCAUCUAAACCAAGAAAUAGAUAUUCAGAACUCCAUUGACAAGGAGAUUGUUUCUAGUGCCUUGAAGCUUCAACUUACAUCCGAUGAAAAAAAUGAAGUCCUCAAUGUGGUGGAAGGUACUGGUAGCACUUCUAAAGGAAAAAUGGAUGUUCCGAAGCAUAGAAUCGGGACCUUUAUUAUAGGAAAGGAAGGAGCAUUGGAGUUAUUAUCUAAUGAGCAGGCUAAUGGGGCCCAUCCGAGGGGGAAUGCUAAAACUGGUUUGUUUGGAAAGGUUUGUGAAGAUAAAAGAGCUGGUCUUGAUAUAAGAGAUAGUGGGGCUAAAGUUGACAGCAGCUCUGUUUCAUCUAAAGUGAAUAAUGAUAUCCCAAAGAUAGUGAAAGUUUUAGCUGGUGGAACAACCCAACCUGCUAGACAGAAAUUUGAUCAGAAAGCUCCUUCCCAUCUGCAGGAUAGAAUGAAAAUUUAUCAUGGAAAAGAAAAUCCAUCUUCUGAGGGAAAAAAGAAACUGAAAGGAAGUCAAAGCAAUGACAGAUUGACUGCAGAGUCACCAAAGGAAAGCUUGAUGUCUGGUUCUUCUAAGGCACCAAAAGAUAAGAAUGCUUGUAACAGCUACUUUCCUCCUAAAGGUGAAGGGAAUGAUGUGAAAUCAUAUCAGGAUUUGAGGAAGGCAAGAUAUGACCUUAGUUAUUUUGGUGGGAAAAUGAAAUUGGGGAAAAAUGGAGCGAAACUCUCCAAGAUUGGGGAUGCUGAGAAAGAAAUGAAUGCAUUCAGUGGCAAAUCAAAGGAGAGAUCAGGUGGUAAAAAACCUAAUUCCCUGUCAACAUUUGAUGCACCUCUGAAAGUUGAUCUGAAUGACACUGCUUUAAUGGAAAACAGACCCAAUUUGAAAGUGUUUCCCACAGAGGCUGCACCAGUAGUCAUAGAGGAAAAUUGGGUAGCCUGUGACAAGUGUCACAAGUGGCGGCUUCUUCCAUAUGGUACAAAUCCAGACCACCUCCCAAAGAAGUGGCUGUGUAGUAUGCUUAAUUGGCUGCCUGGAAUGAACAAGUGCAGUUUCAGUGAGGAUGAGACCACGAAUGCUCUGAAUGCAUUGUAUCAAGUUCCCACUUCUGACAUUCCCAUUAAUCAGUUGAGUUAUUCUAAUCGAGUAGAAUCUGAUGUAACCUUGGCCAGUGGUCAGCAGUUUGAUCCAAUUCCCCAGGAGGUUGGUUUCAAUGCUGUACCUGGCGGUGGAAAGAAGAAACAGGGAUCAAGAGCAGUUUCAGAUGCAGAUGAUGCUAAACCAUUGAAAAUUAAGGGUAAAAGAGAGGCUGAUCAAGAUGGAUUUGAAGUUCACAAAAAACCAACGAAAAUAAGUAAGCAUUAUACUGACGUGGUUCAGAAUCCUGGCGGGUCAACAAAGCAAACCAGAAUUGAUGAUCAGAAAGACAAUAAAUGCUUUGCUUCUCAUUAUUCACAGGCAAAGGAUGGUUCAUUAGCUUCUAAAGAAAAACAAAAGAAGCAUGCUGAGAAGAUUGUGACUAUGGAGGAAUGUGGCAAAAAGGAGAUUUCCAGCAAGAAGAGGAAAUUGAAGGACUUCCAGGGUACUCAAAUUAAUUCAGCGAUUCCCCUGAGCAAACAUCAGAUAGAGAGAAAGUCCAGUGAACUGAAUUAUCAGGAAAAUGCUUUUGAUAGAAGUAAGGAGAUUCAUGGGAGCAAGGUAUCUAUAUCUACAUCUACUCUUGAUGCUAGAAGUUGUUUGAGAAAGGAUUUGGGAUCAGGACAGCCUUUUGUUGCAACUACCUCUAGCUCAUCUAAGGUUUCAACCACCUGUAAAAUUAAAGUUCGCUUGCGAAAAGUUAAGGGCUCACCUGUAGAAUCAGUUACUUCUUCACCUUUAAGGAUUUCCAACCCAGACAGUCUGAGCAAGAGCCUCUUAGGACUGGAUGAUGCUUCAAGUGCUAGUUUCUCCAUUACAAAUAGCCAGAGAAGAGGCUCAGGAGGUAACUUUGAUGAUGGAAGUGAUCCUUCUGAGACAAUACGAAAGGAGAAAGAUCGGAAUCCAAUGGAGAGUUUGAAGUAUAAUGUGGAGAGUAACCCUCCGGAUUGUACACCUUACAAAGAAGAAAUGGAUAGUGUGAAGAACAAAACCCAGGCGGAUUACAACAUUAAGUCUGAGAAUGUUCAGAGAAGUUAUGUUGGUAGGAAAUUUUUUCCUGGGAAAGAUCUAAAUAACUGUAGGAAAAGAGGGUACCAAUCAGAAUCUGAAAAGCGCAAGGAUCCAUAUGCAAAAUCAGAUACUAAGUGGCAGGAUGGGAAAUCUACAGCAGAGAAGAACCAUGAGAAUGAAAGAUCCGCAAAGGAUACAUCUUGUCAUGCAGCAAAUAAUGCCUUGAAAGAGGCUAAGGAUCUUAAACAUUCUGCCAAUCGUCUUAAGAUUUCUGGGUCAGGACUACGAAGCACCGAGCUAUUCUUCCAAGCGGCUUUGAAGUUUCUUCAUGGGGCAUUGCUUUUAGAACAUUGCAACACUGAUACUGCGAACUACGGGGAAAUGACAUCAAUGCAAGCUUAUGGUACUACUGCAAAAUUAUGCGAAUACUGUGCCCAUGAAUUUGAGAGAUGCAAUGACAUGGCAUCUGCGGCUCUUGCAUACAAAUGCGUGGAAGUGUCAUACAUGCGGUUAAUCUAUUCCAAUGAUCUCAUUGCAAGCAAAGACCGUCACGAGUUGCAAAUGGCUCUUCAAAUGGUUCCUUCAGUUGAGUCUCCAUCAUCGUGUGCCUCAGAUGUUGACAACUUAAACUAUCAAGCAACAAUGGAUAAGGCAAAUGUUCCCAAGGAUGUUGACUUGCCUCAACUUACUAUUGAUCAUGUUGUUGCUGCUAGAAACCAGCCACGCUUUGUACGGCUGCUCAAUUUUGCACAAGAUGUAAAUUUUGCAAUGGAAGCUUCAAGGAAAUCUCAGGAUGCGUUUGCCGCUGCUAGUGUAGUUCUUGCUGAGGCAGGAAACAGUGAGGGUAUUUCUUAUGUUAAGAGAGUCCUUGAUUUCGGCUUCCAUGAUUUAGAGGGACUAUUAGAUCUGGUGCAUCAUACAAUGGAAGUUCUUAAUAGUUAAUGUUCCCAGUUGUUACUGGGAUGGACUGGCACUUUUCUGAAUAUAAGAGAAAUUUACUUAA